GGGUGCCCCGUGCCGGGCACUGCCUCUGACCUUCCCUUCCCUUCCCUUCCCUUCCCCGGCGCUGUCAGAGCGGAUCAGCGGGCGCGGCGCUGCGAUGGAGCGGCGAGCGGCAACGGCAGCCGCCGGGAGAGGAGGAAGAGGAGGAGGAGGAGGAAGGGAGAGAUUAGCGCGGUGCCGGCUGGCGCAGAGGCGCGGCUGAGCGCUCCAGCGGGAGCCCGGGGCCCUGCGGACCGUGCGACAGGCACAGGCGGAAGGAGCGGAGAUGCGGCCGCUCUCCCCGCGCUGCUGAAGCUCCCGGUCACUCGCCCGGAGGAGGGAGGCCGGGAAGGUCCGUCCUUCUCGCUGUUCUGCGGGCGCAAAGGGUGCCGGUGCAGUCCCCUCCUCUUGCUUUUAUCCCAGCCCCGGAGCAGGAGCCGCCGCCGCCCCCUAUCCCUUCCUGCGCUCUUCCCACCAUGAGCGGGGCUGUUUUCACCUUAUAAAGAUGGCGGUGUGGGAUCGCUGCAACCUUUAGACUAAUGACUGUCAGAAACAUCGCCUCCAUCUGUAAUAUGGGCACCAAUGCCUCUGCUCUGGAAAAAGACAUUGGCCCAGAGCAGUUUCCAAUCAAUGAGCACUACUUUGGAUUGGUCAAUUUUGGGAACACCUGCUACUGUAACUCCGUGCUGCAGGCAUUGUAUUUUUGCCGGCCAUUUCGGGAAAAUGUAUUAUCAUACAAGGCCCAACAGAAAAAGAAGGAAAACCUCUUGACUUGCCUGGCAGAUCUUUUCCACAGUAUUGCUACUCAGAAGAAAAAAGUUGGAGUUAUUCCACCAAAGAAGUUCAUAUCAAGGUUACGGAAAGAGAAUGAUCUCUUUGACAACUACAUGCAGCAGGAUGCACAUGAGUUUUUAAAUUACCUGCUCAACACCAUUGCAGACAUUUUGCAGGAGGAGAAGAAACAGGAAAAGCAAAAUGGGAAACUGAAAAAUGGCAACAUGAAUGAAGCUGAAGAGAACAAUAAACAAGAACUGACCUGGGUGCAUGAGAUUUUUCAGGGAACACUGACUAACGAAACUAGAUGUUUGAACUGUGAAACCGUUAGUAGCAAAGAUGAAGAUUUUCUUGACCUUUCUGUUGAUGUGGAGCAGAACACAUCGAUUACACACUGUCUAAGAGACUUCAGUAACACAGAGACAUUAUGUAGUGAACAGAAAUACUACUGUGAAACUUGCUGCAGUAAACAAGAGGCACAGAAGAGGAUGAGAGUGAAAAAACUGCCAAUGAUUCUUGCCUUACACCUCAAGAGGUUCAAGUACAUGGAGCAGCUGCACAGGUACACGAAGCUGUCUUACCGGGUCGUGUUUCCUCUGGAGCUGCGUCUCUUCAACACCUCCGGCGAUGCCGUCAACUUGGAUCGCAUGUACGACCUGGUCGCUGUUGUGGUUCACUGUGGAAGUGGACCUAAUCGGGGGCAUUACAUUACUAUUGUGAAAAGUCAUGGAUUUUGGCUCUUGUUUGAUGAUGACAUUGUAGAGAAAAUAGAUGCUCAAGCUAUUGAAGAAUUCUAUGGUCUGACCUCUGAUAUAUCAAAAAAUUCAGAGUCUGGCUAUAUUUUAUUCUAUCAGUCAAGAGAGUGACUGGGCAAACUGUGGUGACUGCGCACAAGGAUGCUGCACGCAAAGGAAGGUGCCGGCUCCCCUGAACUGACUUUACACAGCCCACACCUCGGAUGGUUGAACAACAAUACACUGUCUCCUGUUCAAUGGUUUAUGUGAUGUUGACUAUAACCGUCCAUUCUUGACAUUCAGAACUUUGUUUUAGAGAGGGGGAGUUGUUUGUAGCUUUUAAGUCUGAUUGAAGAGCUAAUUGAAGUCAGAUUUUAGUGGAAUUUAUAUGGACUAACAUUUACAGAUAAUAAGAUUUGGAUGUCAACUGUUAAACCCAAUCCAGCUAGAGUAGUAUUUUAUAUGAAAGUGUUCAUUACAUUUAGGGCAAAAUUAUUUAAAACUUUCUAGAUGGAUUUGGAGUGUGUUGAUUUACAAAGCAUUCCUUUAAAUACAUCCUGACAUAUACCCCUUUUAAGUGUAAGGAAAAAAAUCAGUUUCAUGAUGACUUGAGUUGUGGUUCUAUAGGGGAUUUUUUUACAUGAUACUCUGCUGCAUAAUAGAUAUUCUUCCAAAAUCAUUUCAAUUUUGAUUGUUAAAAACUUUCAGAGUGUAACCACAGACCUGAAAUUCAUGUAGAGGGAUUUAAUAUACACUGGAACUAAGUAAUUCUGUAUGUUAGCCACUUUGUCAUGAGAUAGUACAGAUAAGGUGAGAUUUCAGGACUUACAGAGCACUGGAAAAAAAGGGAGUAAGAUCACAGAUAUGACACAGAGAUAAAUUGCUUUUAUAAAGAUUUAUCUUACAUUUUUGUUAAAAUUAUAUAGAUUGUUUACUUGGAUUGUGUUUGCAAAGAUUGCAACACUGCUCACAUGUAACAUAUCCAUCAGGACUGAAAUUAUCCAGUCCAUUUAAAUAAGCAUUGUCUGUACAUAAGACACAACUUGAUCCUGCAAUUUUCUAAAUAUCUGUAGGUCCCAUUUUCAUGUCUCAAGACAGAGUCUAUUUCUUAGAAACAUAGUACAUAGCAACCACUAGAGUACAUGCUGUCAUGUAUAUAUCAUCCUUAAUAUUUUGGUCAUAUUUAACAGAGUUUUGUCACCGCAGAAACAGAUCUGGAGUGCUUGAUUUCAAAAUUAGUACAAAAGACUUAGUUUGUGAUUUUCCUGGAUGAAUUUGACUGGCACUUGUCAUGCACUGGCUAAUAAAAUUGCAGAAUUCACCUGAAUACCUGAAUUUGGCAAAGAAUAAAUGUAGAAGAAAGUAUCAAUAGGGUUUGAGAAGGGAUUGAUAGUGGCUUGAGUCAGUGGUCAUGCUGGGUAAGUACCUAAAGUUUGACACUUUCACUCCAGUAUACAAUUCUUGAACUUCAGUAGCCAAAGUCCUAUUCCAAUGACAUCAACAGAAAAACACUCUUCUUGUCUUCAUGGGGACUGACAGUUGGUUCUAGUAUUUAUAAGGAAAUAUUCUCAUCUCACAAAAUGUGUUUCUACCUGUUACAUUUUAGUCACUCAUUAUGUAUUUAUCAGACAAUGUUGAUUUUUGUCCUUUUCUUUAAGAAGCCUGCCUGACACUUUAUGGCCUACACUCCCUUCCAAGAAAUGGCUUUUGAAGUGCAGCUACAUCUCAUAUUUUAGUCUUCUGUAGAAAAGAUAGUGUUUUUCAUUGUACUCUACUGUGAAUGUGACAUAUCUUUUGUGAAAUAUUGGUGAAAAUUAAGUAGCUUCUACUGUAACAUCAUUUGAAGUUCAUUUGGAUUUUUCAAUGGCCAUUUUGUAAACUAAGGCUAUGUAGCACUUUACACUGAAUGAGAAACAGAAGUGGACUUUUCAGCUAAGAUUAUUUGUGAUUUAUCAUGUUAUUAUACUGAUGCAAGAAAGCAGACGUAGAAUGUAACCUUAGAGGACUUAAGUGAAUGAGAGUAGUGGUCUACAGAGAUCACUCACAUGAAUGAAGGCUGGUAUGCAGGCUCCAGACAAGCAUAAUUAGGAUGCAGCUCUUGUUCUUUUAUUGAUGUUAGAAUGAAAUGUUCUGUCUCUAAUACAGAAGAUAGACAUCUUACAGCAGACUUCAACUCUCACUGAGACCCGGGAGCUUUUCCACUAGAAAGCUAAACCUGCAAAUCCCUCUUUAACUGAUUUCUUUAUAAACAUUCAGGAUUUCUGUAUAAAAAUAUAAAAAUUACUGGCCUUUUAAAAUGAAUAAGGUUUCCUCACUGUGAAUGAAAUCACUUUCUAGAUCAGCAUCAACCAGUGCUGGUCCAAAGGUCUGUAUUUUGCAGUUUACUACUGAACAUUCUUUUGUUUUAAAAGAUUCAAAAAAACCCAGAUAUUCUUGAGGUAUAAUUUGAAUCUUCAGGGCUCAUGUUUAUAUGAAAAGUAAUUUUUCAUAAAAAUAAUUUUUGAAUCAGUUAAAUUUUAGGAAACAUUUUCCUUAUUUCAAUAGACCUAUCUGAAAAUUGGUUUUUAAAAUGUUAAUAGUUUGAAUUAAUAUUUAAAUGUUAAACUACCAGAUAAUAAUCUCUGUUUUUCUCCACUGCAAGACAGCUUUAGAUUGUAAAGCAUACGGAUUAUUGCAGUAAGUUAUUGAGAGGAAAAUUACUAGAAUAAGCUGUUUCAUAAAGUAUGAAAAACAUUUUUAAUUCAUGCUAGCCUAUGGAAAGAUCACAGCACUAGUAUCAUGCCAGUCCAGCAUCAGUAGUCUGACAUCAGCUCUGAAUUCUCACAUUGUGGAAUACACACUUCAUAUUAACACUGGCUAAACUAGGGAGCAUUUUCUUUUGAUUAACAAAGUUGUGGUGACUAUUCUAUAAAUUGGAUCCAGUCUCCAGUGUGCUGAAUAUCUUGACUUCAGUCCAAAAGCUGUCUGUCACAGCUGUAUGAAUAGUGCCAGUCUAGGCAGAGGAACUCUUCUUUGUCAAAUUAAGCACAUUCACUCAAGUUUUGCAGGACUGGGAUCCCCACAGAAACAAUCAUAUGGUGUAAAGUAUUUCAGUUGAUUAAAUAAAGCAUAAUCCCUUUUCUCUUAUGCUUAUGCAUAAUUUCCUGUCCCUUAUGAAAGAAUGGAAAAAUACCUAAGACAAUAAAAGAUUUUCAGCUAGCAGCUAGAAAACAAAAUGCUAGCACAUAUCUCUAAUACUAUUCUGUGCUCCCCUAAAAUGACUAUAUUUUAUGGUGUCAGGUUCUAGAUAUAUUAGGUCCAACAACAAUUGGAGUUUUCCAAUUAUUUCCCAUGCUGUUGAUGAGAUGCACUGUCCAUUUAUACAGUGUUCUCUAUCACUAUGCUCUCUACUUAGAAAAAACCUCAUUUUUGUCUUGUGCUGUGUUUCCUCAGCACUGCAGUGCUGAUGAAUCAGUUACCUUAGAGGAUGAGCUCAGAACUCAGUGUUUGUAUUUCCAAGAACAGGCUGUCGGGAUUUUAUGGAAUUUCUAAUGUGAGCACAUAGCAGAGGGAGACAGAAGAGUGGAGUGAUGGAAAAGCCAUACCAAUGAAACAGAACACCUUUUUGAAAUUAGCUCCCAAAAUUACUCCUGUCAAUUAUAUUUUAACAAUUUAGUUACCUCAGAGUGCUAGAUUAUGUAUGAAAAGUCUUGUUCCUUUAGCAGUUGGGGUAAAGAAAACAAAGAAGUAGGAGUUCCCUUCAUAUUAGGUUUAGUAUAAAUAUUAAAGACUUAGCAAAAUUCAACUGAAGUUCACCUUACACAAUGAGUCCUAAAGUGUUACCACAACCUUUUAUCUUCAGACAUUACAUUUCAGUCACUUUUCAGUUCCAACAUCAUGUAGUUGGCACCUGAGCUGACAGAUGCAGCUGCCAGUGAUUUGGUGCCUCUCAACAGCAGACCCUUUUUGUUUUAUCUCUUUUUUGCUGCAUGUGGCUGAUAGUUGUGAGCAGUGUCUUACAGCUGAAUGAAUACUAGAAAUUUUAGCAAGUUUUGGCUGUGUACCUGUUCUUUGCUAGUAUCUUUUAGAAGGGUUUGUUUUAAUUUAUUUUUCUUUUGUUGGUCUGUUACUGUAUUUGUAUAAUAACUUAUGUGGUUAAUAUUAUUUGUUUUGCUUUAAUUUUUAUGUACUUUUUAAAAAAAUGUAAUCAACCCAAGCACUUUAAGCAACAAUGUCAAUCUUGUGAAAUUCCAAUCAGUUUAAUAUUUUGCCUUUGUCUUACUGUUUUUGCAGCUGUUUGCUUGUGAUCCAAUAUCUCUAGUUAAAACUCGAUUUCCAUUUUUAGGCUUGUAGUCCUAGCUGGGUUGUAAAACUGGAAAGCCCGAGCAUUUUCAUACAUAUUUGUUCAUGUAUAAAAAGGACAGAGCAUUUACUAUGUGUCUGCUACACACAUCAGUGUGUACCUGACAAGCUGUGCUCUGCACAUUUCACAGCCUCUUGUGUUCUCUGCCUGCUGACCCAUCUGAGGAUGACUGCAACUCUUCAAUCUGUGACAUGGUUAUCAAUGACUAGAAUUUAGAAAAGUUCCAGUUCUUACAGGAGAAUUCUCUUUUACCAGACACAGAGUCGGCUGACAAUACAAGUAUUGCUCUCUUUGCCAUUUUAUCAGUGCUCUGUUUGGUCUCAACUGUGAAUAAUCUGAUGAACAACAAUUAUUCUUGGCUACUGUGUGCGUGCUGGCAAGAAGAGCAAAUUUUUUGUCUCUUUCUUCUCUUCACUUGAGUCAAUAUAAAGCAAAGAGAUAAUGAAGUAAGAUAACUGCUUGUGUAAAAUGAUGAUUUUUUAGAGGGCAGCAUCUGUGGUAUCUAUAUCAGAAAGCCAGUGACUUUCUGUGUUGUUAAUGCAAGGGUUAUUCCUAGUGCUUUAGAUAUUGUAUUUUCUUUGAUCAGUGAAAAGACCAGAACUUUUUCCUGUUGCAUUUGUUCUGAUACUGAGGUGUUUCUUCUCAAUUUAACGUGGCCCUUACUAUGUAAAUAGCCCUUGGCAAGGCUCGAUAGACACCCAUUUAAUUUCUUUUCAGUUAAUAUGCAUUACUUCAAAGAGAUUGCUUGAACCUGUCUGCAAGAUUUAUUCAGAUAACACAGUUCUUUUGCAUACAGGGUCAAAUAACACCUAUCAGGAGGUAUGUGCCCACCUGAUGGGACCAUCUGGCUAAACCCACACCAUUUUACAUACUAAUGAUUCUUAAGCCUCUAGGAGGUUUGGUUGCUGGCUUUGCCUGACUGAUUUAAUAUGAAACUGCAAAUAACUCCCUUUAUUCAUGAUCUCUUGCUAUAAUUCUUUAAUAAAUUCUGUUUCAUUUGGUUAUCAAGACUGGGACUAUUGUACUAUGUAAAAUAAAUUAACUUGUGUGUGCCAUUCACAGCAGUCAAUUUAACAGCCUAAUGCUUCUGAUGAAGGCUGUGGCAGGUGGCAACUUCACUGUAUGUAAGAAUAUGAAAGAGUCAGUAACUUUUCUGUGAUAGCACAGUAGGUCUAUAGGAGAAGCUGGACAGACAUGCAGCUCCCUAACCUCCAUCCUCUAGAUAAUCCUGACCCUUCUCAUAGGAUUCCAAAGUGGCAGGACUAAGCCUUUCAUGAAGACAACUUGCAGUUCACCAAAACACAUUGCUUGCUACAGUAGAUAAUUAAUGAGUAUUUGCAACCCCUCUGUCCCUGCUGCCCGGAAUCUCAUUAAUAGGUAUACAUUCCUUGGAGAGGCUGAGCUUAAACCUCAGCUUUGUAUUUGCAAUGGUGUUCAUGUUUGAAAUGUCCCACACCAGACUCUGGCCACAUACUAAAUUGAUUCCUAGUCCUCUCUCAGCUCUCAUUCUAACAGCAAGAGCAACAUCAGGGCAGCCAUGCCACAGGUGCCAGUGGUUUUCCUGGAGACAAUUUCCUAGUCUCAGUGGCUUUCAUUAAAAAUGACCUAACACAAGCUCCAUAACUUAUAAUGAUGCUUUAGGAGUAAAGCCGCCACAUCCCGUAUGGAUAUGAAUGUAGGGUAACAGGAAGAAGAAAGAGACGAGGAUGAAAUAUGGAAACGGUUGGUUUUUUCAGACACUUUGAAUAUGUGUAGCUGUUUGUAAAUAUAUAGUCCCUCUCGACCUUGUCAAAAUGAUGCAAUCAUAAUACAACUACUUAAAUUUUGUGCUAGUUUUUUAAAUGGAAUAAGAGGUAGCAGAAUUAUGAGGCACACAACUGGGGACACUUACAAAUCCUGGAUUUCUAGUACAGCGUACAAUACUUGGUGUAUGUGUACAGAAAAAUAUCUGCUCUUUUUAAUCAUCAUGUACAUGUAAUUGAACCCUGAGCCACCUGCAGAACUGUAAGAUAAAAAUCAUGUUGGUUAUUAAGGUUGUAACAUAAGAAAACAGUAUUUUCUCCUGUUAACAUGUUUAUAUUUUACAUAAAAUAAACUCUGUAGCUGAUCUCACUUCCAUUCAAUUUGCUUUGAUUUCAGCUGGAGCCAUACUAGGGCUGAGUAUUGAUGUUGGUUGUUGCGCAACGUGCUUCUGAAUGUCAGAUGCCCAUGUUCUUACAAGACUACUGAUGCUUGCUUUCUAUGUCAUUUAAUGUGAUCAACACAUUUUAAAUGACUUCAUAGAAUACUUCACCAUGUGGGCUGAUUGCCUCUGAAGUGUCUUAAAAGAACAAGUUUUGCAAAUAGUUUCUGAGUUGUCUUGGUAGAAUGUACACACAAUUGCAUGACUGAGUGUACACAGUUAAAGCACACCACCAUUGACCUUGUCAUUGUUUCUGAGCUUCAAUGUUGCAGUUAAAACUGAAGAGUAUAAAUAUCAGCCAGAAUUAAACUACCUUUUUCAUCAAGAGAAAUGAGCCCUUUCAGCCUGAGAUUUUACCUGUGACUAAUGGAGUGGGAAAGGAUUUUGCUAAUGAGGUCUAAAAUUUUGUCAGAGUUGAAAGGUUCCUGUUUUCUGCUGAUCUUCCUUUAGUUGUUCAUUAA